UCGAAACAACGAAUUACGAAAAUGAUAAACAAAUCUGUGAUUGUUGUGGGCGUUGCCACUCAUUGUUCCUGAUAAUUCAAAUUUCAAUGAUUAAUAGAAAGAUAAGUUGAUAAGGCUUAGCCAGAGUUUCGUACAGUGUUCUAGUUUAAAAAGUAAGAUAAAGGAAAUGUGUGAAACGUCAAUUCAGUAAAAGUUGUCACAAACUUUUAAAACUGCAUCUUGAUUUCAACAAAAGUUUUCAAUCGAAAUUUAAAAAACUGUUUAAAUGACCGAGUGUAAUUACUUGUUUAAUUGUUUUAAGGUAUAGUUUAAGUCACCAGUGUUUUAUUAAAAGCUAAAACGAUAUGUACUUUAACUAAUAUGUGAUUCACUCGGGAAUUCUUAUUAGACCGUGAACUAAUCCAGUGAAAAUGUUCACAAAAGUGUUAUUGACGUUGUUUAUAUGUGCAAAUGUGAAAUCUCAGUCCAACAAAGAUCUGUACAAUGGGCAAUACAGUAGUGAUUACUACAAUACAAAAACACAGGACAGGCCUCGCGAUUCCAGGCUUCCUAAACCUGGUGACAGUGACUACAGAACUUAUGUGUACAAUAACAGGAGAUAUGGAACUGACCCAUCGAGAUAUAACCCAUACAAUCCUAAUAUAAAUCAACCUGGUGGAUUCCCAUACAAUCCAAUUAUCACUAACCCUUUGGAUGAUCAGUUUAAAUACAAUACUAAUAGGGAUUCAAACAAUCCUGAUGCUCUAUUCCCUGGAGUGCUAGGAGGUUGGAGGGAGGACCUACAGGGACGUGAGAGAAGAGAUUCUCGGCAGCUGAAGAGGGACAUUUUUGUCAACACUAACUUUGGACAAGUGCAAGGGUUCAAGGUAUAUUUAUAUGACAAUCCAGACCCCACAUCUGGGUACAGACCGUGGCUGUCACAAGUAGAGAGGAUACAAGGAGAAGUGUCUGUGUUCUUGGGAAUACCGUAUGCAAGACCACCGGUUCUUGAAGGAAGAUUUAAGCCCCCUCGUCAACACCCUGGCUGGCAGUUAAUGCAGGCAGUGGACUGGGGCCCUGCAUGCCCCCAGCCAGUUCGCUUUACUGGUGCCACAAAGGGCAUCCGCGAUAUGGAUGAGGACUGCCUUUACUUGAACAUUUUCUCACCCAACACCGAAGCCGGCGCCACAGCGCAAAAGUACCCCGUAAUGGUGUACAUACACGGUGGGCAGUACGCCUCGGGAGCAUCUAACCUCUUUCCUGCACACACUCUCUCUGCCUUCUACGAUGUUGUUGUCGUCUCUUUCAAUUACAGGCUUGGCGCUUUGGGUUUCCUCUCCACGGGCGACGAGAACUCCCCGGGCAACUACGGCAUCCUGGACCAGGCGAUGGCUCUCCGUUGGAUCCGGGAUAACAUAGUGCGGUUCAACGGCGACCCGGGAUCAGUCACACUGUUCGGCCCGGGAGCCGGCGCGGCGUCGGCUGGGCUACUAGCCGUUGCACCACAGACCAGAGACAUCGUUACCAGUAUUAUUGCACAAAGUGGCUCAGCAUUGGCCGAUUGGGCGAUUAUAGAAGAUAAAUACAGAGUACAAAACACGUCUCUAGUAUUUGGCAGGCUUCUAGGUUGUCCGAUAGAUUCGUCGUGGAAACUAGUCAAUUGUUUGCGACAAGGGAGGAGUUUCUACGAACUCGGGAAUGCUGAGUUUGAGCCAAACGUAGGCUUCAUACCAUGGGGUCCGGUACUAGAGAACAACUUUACGUUCCCCGGGGACGAAUGGUAUGAGGGUUGGCGGGAAAGGGACUGGCAUUUCCUGUCUACCAUGCCUGAAGAGCUGAUAGCUCGGAGGCAGUUCAACCCUGCCCUUAGAUACAUGACCGGGGUCACAACGCAGGAGGCAGCUUAUGUUUUAUAUAUGAACAACACCCUUGCGCCAGACUUCAUGAUCGACGAGCGUUGGUUUGAUAUGAAAGUCCAGGAGUUCGUACUUAGAUACAACUACACUUUGAAUCCUCGCGGUGUGUACGAAGCCAUACGCUACAUGUAUACGUACCAUCCGGAACCGCACAAUGUCACCGCUAUACGAGACCAGUAUAUAAAUUUUCUAUCUGACUUCCUCUACCGAGCGCCUACGGAUAAAAUAGUGAAACUCCUGCUGGAACAAAACGUCCCAGUGUACAUGUACGUCCUCAACACGACCGUGGAAGCCUUCAACUGGCCGCAAUGGCGUCAGUAUGCGCACGACACUGAGCACUUCUUCCUCACCGGGGCGCCUUUCAUGGACCAGGAGUUCUUCCCGCGCCGACACCGAAUAGAACGACAAGCCUGGACCCCCAAUGAUCGGAAUAUGAGCCAUUUCUUUAUGAAGUCUUACGCUGACUUCGCGAGAUUUGGAAAUCCCACCCGUUCGCGUAUCCUCGGCCUACACUUCGAGAUGGCCCAGGCGGGUCAACUCCGCUAUCUAAACCUCAAUACGACGUUCAACUCCAGUAUACUGCUCAACUACCGGCAGACCGAACUGGCCUUCUGGACGGUCUACCUGCCCACUGUCAUCGGAAGACUGCUGCCUACAUACCGACCUAUCACUGAGUUCUGGUGGGAGCCCCAGCAACCUUUGCAGAUUGCCUUUUGGUCUGUGUCCAGCGCCUGCAUCCUUCUUAUCGUUUUGCUGGUAGUCUUGUGUAUGUUGUGGAGGAAUGCUAAGAGAGAUAACGAGCGCUACUACAACGGCGACAUAUUCAUAGUGCCGGAGCUCGAAGAGAGCGGCAUAGACAACGCGACCCGGUCCAGAGACAAUAUCUAUGAGUAUAGAGACGUGCCCGUGAAGAGGCCACAUACGCCGCAAACUCUCACUAGAACCAUAAGCCAGCCCCAGACACUCCAAUCAUCGCGCGCGCCUUCCGAAGCGUCAACGGAAUCGGCCAUAUCGCUCAAAGAGAGCGUGGUCUCCAAGACCCCAGACCCUCGCGUGCCCGCUCCCAUGCCCCGCACGAGAUCCAGGACACAAAUGGUGCAUGGGGUACCGCAAACCACAGUGUGAUGAACUGACCCCAGAACUGAACAUUUGACAUUCCAACUAAAGAUUCCGCAAACAAUCGGUUAGAGGUUAUUUAUGGAACCGUAAAAUUGGUUAGCGGUUAAAAGGUAUAUAAAACCGUCUAAUUCAAGAUUUUUUUUAUAUAACUCAAUUAUAUAUGUUUUAUUAGUUUCAUUUAGGGAUAAGAACUUUUAUGUACCUCCAGUGAUCUCGAAUUUUAUAAAUUUCGGGUCAGUUUAAAAUCUGGGAUCGGGUAAACCUAUCGCUCACCACGCUGAACAGACUGGUUGGUGAUGAAUUUGACUUUUAAAAAUGGAAUAAUAUUAA